AUGGGGUCUACUGGCGCAGGAAAAAGCACUUUUGUAAACGCCGUUAGCGGGAAAGCCCAAGCGACCGUAGGCCAUGAAAUCGACGCCUGUACAAAAAAUGUUCAAGAAGUCACAAUCGAUGAUCCAGAUAUAUUGAAAUCAAUGUACCCGCAGAAUGCGCGCCUACACAUCGUCGAUACGCCUGGGUUUGAUAGCUGCACGAAGGAUGACGAGGAAAAUCUCAAAACGAUUGAAAAAUGGCUGAAAGAAUCGUACGGUCUGGAUGCCUUACUCGGUAUCAUAUAUCUUCAGGACAUUUCCCUCGCCCGCUGUAACGGGACCGCGAAACGAAACUUGCAGAUGUUUAAAAAUCUCUGUGGCAAAAAAGCUCUCCGAAAUGUCGUAUUCGGAUUGACGAAGGGAGGUCGCGUCAAUGAUCCAGAGCUGCUGAAGACGCGUACGGAGUCCUUCAAGCACACAGAAGGUCGCCACACAAAAGGCGAAGGGGUCGAAGCUGAAGUCUUCCAUGUUCCAGAUGUCAAUUCCACAGAGCACUCCAGGAAGGUCGUUACACAUUUGCUAACCUGCUAUUGCAGGAGCAUUGUUCUGCAUAUACAGAACGAGUUCAUCCAGAAGAGAAUACCUGUCCCUAACAUCAAGGCAGGUCAAGAGCUUUCCAUGACCAUUAAACAACUUCUCGAUGCCCAAAAACGAUACUCACAAUUCUCGACUGCAACUAACCUUGAAGAAGCUAGGCAGGCGACAAAUAGCUUAUCCACGCAGUUGAAGAAAUUAAAAGUUCCCCUCAGCAAACGCAUUCUUCGAUUUUUUGGAUUUUGA